AUGGGUGCCAAAGUAAUACGCGUGGAUGGGGAUUUUGAUCCCAAGAUCCUAUCAGAGGCUGUUGAAUUGCUCAAAAAUGACCAGGUGGUUGCCAUUCCAACGGAAACCGUAUACGGACUUGCUGCAAAUGCGCUCAAACCCGCUGCGAUAAAGCACAUAUUCCAGGCAAAAAGCCGGCCAUCAGACAAUCCUCUCAUUGUGCAUAUAUCUUCCCUGUCGAUGUUAUAUCCACUUAUUAAAAGGCCGCAAAACUUUGACCUUUUUGAAACGCUAAUGUCGGCCUUUUGGCCCGGCCCGUUGACCUUUUUAUUUAGUAAGAGUUCUUUGAUCCCUGAAGAGGUUACAGGUGGACUUUCUACCGUAUGCAUUAGAUUUCCAGAAAAUACCAUAGCACGAGCAAUCAUUGAUCAAUGCGGGUUUCCUCUUGCCGCGCCGUCUGCCAACAUUUCUGGAAGGCCUUCUCCAACGGAAGCAUCUCACGUGUUAGAAGACUUAAAGGAAAGGAUUCCAUUAAUCGUGGAUGGAGGGCCCUGUUCAAAAGGUGUAGAGUCUACAGUUAUCAAUUUGCUAUCUGAUCCUCCGAUGAUUUUAAGGUCCGGUUCCAUUACCUUGGAAAUGCUUCGAAAAUUUGUCCCCAACGUUCAAAUAUACCAGCCUGAGAAGGGAAACGAGCUUGAUCCCAUUUCCAAUGCCGCUCUAGCCUCUUUACACACAAAGGGAUCCCUUUCGCCCGGAAUGAAAUAUAGACAUUAUUCCCCGAAAGCUAAUCUUUUUCUUUUGGAAAGUACUUGCUUUGAUGAUGAUCAGACGCUCGAUUUGAUUUCCAAACUCGAACGCUUCUGCGAGGAGAGGAAUAUCAGGGGAUCCAUACUUUUGAACACGCCGAUCUGUAAAAACAUUGACGGCAACUCUGAUCCCCAUCUGAUCAUUGAUUCUUUUUCAAGCUCCUCUUAUCAAACCAUUGCAAGGGAAUUGUUUGCGAAGCUUCGAAAGUUAGACUCGCUUGAUGUCAAGUUUAUUUUAAUGUUUUCGAUUACCAACGACAACGAAGGUUCCGCAGUCAUGAACAGAGUGUUAAAAGCCUCACAUUCGGUGUUAACUUCCACUGAGCAAGUGACUUGUUCCUUCCAAAAGCUAUUUAUAUAA